CAAUGCCGCACUCAAGACUGUAUGUGCCGACCCUCAUCGGCGGCAUGAUCCUUACCGGAGCAUGCAACUCGCUAUGGAGCAAGUACCAGGACAUGCAAUGCGUCGAGAACUGUGACGAUCCCAACCCGAAGCACCAUGUUCUGUACGAGCAGCCGGUGUGGCAGACCCUCCAGAUGUUCCUCGGAGAGAUGCUUUGCUUCCUCCCUGUUCUUUACUCCUGGAUCGCCUCCUACCGCUCUUCUUCCGUCCAUCUCCCCGCAGACGACCAGCCAGAACACGUCCUCGGCUCGCCAUCCAAGCUUCCCUCGCAGCAGCUCACCGGCUGGCGCGUCCUCCUGCUCUGGCUUCCUGCUUUCUGUGACCUAACCGGCACCACGUUGAUGAACAUCGGCCUUCUUUAUACUCCCGUCUCCAUCUAUCAGAUGACACGCGGCGCCCUAGUCCUUUUUGUCGGCGUUCUCUCUGUUCUCUUCCUUCAUCGUCGUCUUUGGCUCUACCAAUGGAUGUCUCUCCUCACCGUCAUGGCCGGCGUUUCCCUCGUCGGCUUCAGUGGCUCCCUCAUCAAGGACACUCUCCAUCCCGAUGCCGUCAUAAACUCAACCUCCACAGAACACAUUGACGGUCCCGUUGCCGAGCCCAUUGACCAGCCGGAAGCAACGAAGGUUUUGAUCGGCGUCUUCUUCAUCCUAUUCGCGCAGAUCUUCACGGCGACGCAAUUCGUGGUCGAGGAGAAGCUCCUGUCGCGGUACACCAUCGCGCCGCUUCUCGCUGUCGGCUACGAAGGCCUCUUCGGCGCCAUCUCCGUCCUCAUCCUUCUCCCUCUCCUUCCGCUCAUCCCCAUCUCCCCUACCUCCCCUGCCGCGCCUUGGUUCGACCUCCCGCGCGGAUGGCACCAGCUCGUCGAUAACCCCACUGUGCUCUGGUCUGGACUCGUUAUCGCGUGCUCGAUUGCGUUGUUCAACUUCUUUGGGUUGAGCGUGACUAGGCAUGUCAGCGCUACCGCGAGGAGUCUGACCGAUACGUGUCGUACGCUCGUCAUCUGGAUCAUCUCGCUCCUCCUCGGCUGGGAACUCCUCCUCUUCCCGAUCUCCCUCCUCCAAGUCCUCGGCUUCGCCCUCCUCGUCUACGGAACCUUCCUCUUCAACAACCUCGUCAGCCCGCCGUCCUUCCUCCGUCCCCGUCCUUCCUCUGCACCUGCAAACGCGGAGAGCGCCACGGAACCGCUACUGGCGGCGGAGGAGGACGAAGAGAGGAGAGAGGGAUUGGAGGAGACGGCGGUGUUGCCUGUGGGUGGGGUGGGACAUGCGGCUGGGUUCGAUGUCGUUCCUGCGAAGGGGCAUGAUGAGUGAUGAGUGAUGUGAGAUGUGAGAUGUGAGUGAGCGAGUUUUAGAGUUGGUUUGCUAAUGGAUUGGAUGGAUGAGUGGUGGAAUGUGGAAUGCGUGGUCUAACUUAGCAGUUAUGCGAUGGCUUGCAUUAUUAUUUUUCUUGGAACGUUACGCUUUCUUUUCUUAAUUGUACACUACGUAUACAUCGUGCACGUCUGGACUUUUUAUAUAUCUAGCCGCAUCGCAUAAGUAAGUACUUCAGACCCG